UUGACGCACGUCCGCGUCGAGAAACUUCCGCCUAAUACAACAGCGAAGAUGCAGCCCAGGGACCAGGGCAUCAUUUACUGCGUCAAGCGCGAAGUGCUGACACAGAAAAUGAUGCAUGCACUUGGCUACAUUGGAGAAUCCUGCGAUGAUGCUUAUACAGUCGACUUACUAACUGCCAUGAAGUGGUGCGAGUCUGCGUGGGAUAAUGUGUCAGCUUCUACGAUUCAGAAGUGCUGGUUGCACUCCACGCUCAUUAGUAAAAGCGGUGUGUCAUUUAUUCUCAACUAA